AUGACCAAAUUCCGAGUUCUCCUGGUCGGUAGCGGAGGCAUUGGCACCAUUGCCGCCCUGAAUCUCGAGACUGGCCAUCAAGCACAGGUAUCCUGCGUGUUGCGAUCGAAUUACAAGGCCGUGGUUGAAAAUGGGUUCACGAUCGACUCGUGCGACCACGGGAAAGUGUCGAAUUGGCGACCGACCGGGGUCUUGAAUGCAGUCCCUCAUCAUUCUUUUGACCGAUUCGAUUACAUCGUCUGCUGCACGAAGAACGUCCCCGACUCCUCGCCAACUCUGCCAGAUAUAAUUGCCUCCGCUGUGGCUCCCGGUCAUACCGUCAUCGUACUGAUCCAGAAUGGACUCAACAUCGAGCGUCCCUUUAUGGCCCGAUUCCCUGACAACGUUGUGCUCUCCGGGGUAAGUCGUACCGAUGCCCAUGAGAUUGCCCCGGGGGUGAUCCAGCACAAGCAGCCGGACGUGCUGAAUAUCGGGGCGUUUUCGAACCCUUCUCUUCCGACCGGUGACUCAGUGUCCGCAGCCAAGAAUUUCGUCCGGAUGUACUCUGCUGGUGGUAAGACGAGGUGCCGAUUUGACGAGGACGUUGCGCUCGAUCGAUGGCGAAAGCUUGUCUACAACGCUACCUUGAAUCCCAUCUGUGCUUUAACGGGACUGGAUACGGGGACUUUGCAGCUGGAACAGCGGAGUAUGGAGACAUUGGUCCGUCCGGCGAUGCGCGAGGUCAUUCAGGUUGCUGCUGCGCUUGGACAGCAGUUGCCGGAUGGUAUUAUCGAGACAACAAUCGCUAGUAAUCCGGUCGAACAGCGGAUUUCACCCAGUAUGCUGAUGGAUAUACGGAAGGGCAAUUUGAUCGAGCAUGAGAAUAUCCUGGGAGAAGUGGUUCGAGAGGCACAGGCUCAUAGCGUUGACACGCCAACGCUACACAUGCUGUAUAAUUUGUGCUGUGCGGUCCAAUUACGCACCAAACAGAGCAUGGGACUUAUUUCUAAGUAG